CCUUCAUCACCCCCGAAUUCGCCCUUCUCUCACCUUCCUCUUCAUCCAUCUCUCUUCACAAAACACCAAAAUGUUCGCUCGUCGCUCUACUCAGCUCGUCCGUGGCUUCGCUACCUCGGCUCGCGCCCCCUACCACGUGGCCGUGCUCGGUGCCGCGGGCGGUAUCGGCCAGCCCCUCUCGCUCCUCCUCAAGCAGAACCCCCUCGUCACCAAGCUCUCGCUCUACGAUGUCCGUGGUGCCCCCGGUGUCGCUGCCGACAUCUCGCACGUCAACACCGCCUCGGAGGUCAAGGGCUUCGAGAAGGACGACAUCAAGGACGCCCUCACCGGUGCCGACGUCAUCAUCAUCCCCGCUGGUGUCCCCCGCAAGCCCGGCAUGACCCGUGACGACCUGUUCAACACCAACGCCUCGAUCGUCCAGACCCUCGCCGAGGCCGCUGCCACCCACGCCCCCAAGGCUCUUAUUGGCAUCAUCUCGAACCCCGUCAACUCGACCGUCCCCAUCUUCGCCGAGACCUUCAAGGCCAAGGGCGUCUACGACCCCAAGCGCAUCUUCGGUGUCACCACCCUCGACGUUGUCCGUGCCUCGCGCUUCCUCGGCGAGAUCAAGAACGCCGACCCCAAGGACAUUGAGGUCACCGUUGUCGGUGGCCACUCGGGUGUCACCAUCAUCCCCCUCCUCUCGCAGACCCCCCUCGGCAAGGACGUCAAGGGCGAGGAGUACAAGAAGAUUGUCCACCGCAUCCAGUUCGGCGGUGACGAGGUUGUCCAGGCCAAGGCCGGCACCGGCUCGGCUACCCUCUCGAUGGGCUACGCCGGUGCCCGCUUCGCCAACUCGCUCCUCCGCGCCCUCAACGGCGAGAAGGGCGUUGUUGAGCCCACCUUUGUCGACUCGCCCCUCUUCAAGGACCAGGGUGUCUCGCACUUCUCGUCCAACGUCGAGCUCGGCCCCAACGGUGUCGAGAAGAUCCACGAGCUUGGCGCUCUCUCGGCCGAGGAGGAGGAGCUCCUCAAGGCUGCUCUCCCCGAGCUCCAGAAGAACAUCAAGAAGGGUGUUGACUUUGUCGCUUCCAAGUAAGCUAGAUGUUAGGAGCUAGGUGCAGGAUGCAUGAAGUAGAAGUGCG